UCAAUAAAUUAAUGACUCCAACUUCAGUUAAGAAACGUCAUCUUUGGAAUGCCUUCUUUGGUAUAAAAGUCGUGGGUAAAACGUUUGUCAAAUUACAGUAAGUUUUUAUUUAUUUUUAAACAUAGUGGAAGCUUUCAAUUUGGAAGAAUGGCUAGAAGCGUAAGUUUUCAUCACAUAGAAACGACAUUUGUUAAUCCAGCUGGAGGAAUAAAAGACAAUAAAAAUCCAGUAAUUUUUCUGCAUGCUAUGCUGUGCUCUAAGGAAAUUUGGACAAACAUACCUCAAGCGGUAGCUAAUUACACCGGAAGAAGGGUUUAUACUUACGAUGCCAGAAACCAUGGUGCCAGUUCUCACACAGAUGAGUCAAAUUUCAAAUUCAACGUUGAUGAUCUUUUCUGGGUUAUGGAUAAAAUUAAAAAAGACUUUAAAACAAGCGAGAAAGAAAUUCCAGAACAAUUUGUUCUAGUGGGCCAUGAUAUGGGCGGAAUGACUGCCAUUAGUGCUGCUUUGAAGGAGCCCAAUAGCUUCGAAAAGGUGAUCAUUGUAGAAAUGUAUGCCAAAAGAGUGCCAGAUUAUCUCAUUGACCGUGUUAAAGACUUCGUAACAGAAUGGACUAAAUGCGUUCGAGAACUUCCCAAAGAAACUCCAGAAGAGGAUGUGACUAGAAUAAGUGUCGAGAAUCUCUACAAAAAUCUGCAGUUUCAAGAAAAUAACGAAAAGGAGUCCUACAAGCAAGGAAAAUUUAGUUAUAAGAAGACAGAAAAUGGAUGGGAGCCACAAUACAACACUCCAGCUCUAGUUAAGGCUCUCGACGAACUUAAGAAGGAGCCCGAAGAUUACAUUGGAACAUACAAUGGACUUGCUUCUUUCCUCUAUGGCACUGCAUCUCAUUAUAGAAUAAAUGCAGAGGAGAGAUCUCUGAAGGAGCAUUUUCCAAAUGCAGAGCUACAACCGCUCCCUGAAGCUUCUCAUUUCUCUGUUGCAGACAAGCCCACUCAACUGGCUGAGAAGAUUAGCAAGAGUAUCAAUAUGAUUUGUAUUUCUGAACGGAUUAUAUGAAAGCUGUAUAUUCUAUGUAAAGUAUUUUUAUACGAAUUGUUUGUUUACUAAGCAAAGCUGUGAAGAUUUGGAUUAUAUUUUUCCAGUAAACUCGUGUAGUCCUAAAUUUCGAACAUUCCAGCACACUUUUAUACUAUGUAGUUUGAAUUUAAUAUGUACAUUAACUUAAUAAACAGUAUUUUGCAUCUU